UCGGCCGCCGAGCUCGCAGUGCACAGCAGCCGAGCCGAGCAGUGGACCGCGCGAUGCGCGCGGCGCGCGAGUGAGUGCAGAGCGCGCGAGCCGCGACAUGCUGCCCUCGGCGGCGAUGCUGAAGAACCUGCAGCAGAGCGCGAUGGCGCAGUCGCCCUCGUUCCUCAUGGAGAACCUGCUGCAGAGCAAGUCGCCGGCCAACGAGCUGACCAGCCUCACGCUCAACUGGGCGGCCAGCCUGGUGCAGGCGCGCCAGCGCGAGUGCGCGCGGCGCCCGGGCCGCAGCCCCUCGCCGGAGGCGCGCGGCUCCGCGGCCGGCUCGCCCGAGCGCGACGGCCCCGAGGCGGCCGCCGCGGCCAUCGAGCGCAUGGAGCGCCUGUCCGAGCGCCUCCGCGAGGCGGCCGACCGCUGCGCUGACGGCGAGCCCGAGCAGCCGGCGCGCGCCGUCCAGCCGGGCUUCGACUUCGCCGAACAGCGGCCCUUCCCGGCCACCCAGCAGCAGCAGCAGCAGCAGCCCCGUCAGCAGCCGCCGCUCUCCGAGGAGACCUGCAGCUGCGGCGACGAGCGCUGCGCCGGCGGCCUCGCCUGCAAGACCAUCCACGACAAGGAGAAGCCGCAGCUCAAGUUCAGCGUCAGCGCCAUCCUCGGCGGCAACCACGACCGCCGACCCAAUACCGAUCACUUCCAAGGAAUACCCCCCGCAGCGCUGCCGGCUUUCCUGCACAACCUGCAGAACUCGGCGGGCUACAACAUCGCGAAGCCGAUAGCGCGGCCAGCGGCGUACCACCCGCACCAUCCGGGCCACCCGGCGGCGACGGCGCAGCAGCAGCACCUGGCGCCGAGCGCGCACCACACGCUGCACCAGCUGCUGGGCUGCCGGAGCCCCUAUCUGAGCGUGACCACGGCGGCCGGGGCGCAGCCGGGCGCGGGGCCGGCGGCCGGGGCGCCCGCGGGCUUCGGCCUGCCCGCCGGCGGGGUCAGCCUGGGCGAGCUCGCCGGCAUGGGCCUGGGCUUCCCCUGGGCCGGCAGCGCCAGGGGCAAGCCGCGCCGCGGCAUGAUGCGCCGGGCCGUCUUCUCCGACCUGCAGAGGCGCGGCCUCGAGAAGCGCUUCCAGCUGCAGAAGUACAUCAGCAAGCCCGACCGCAAGAAGCUGGCCGAGAAGCUCGGACUCAAGGACUCGCAGGUGAAGAUCUGGUUCCAGAACCGGCGCAUGAAGUGGCGCAACAGCAAGGAGCGCGAGCUGCUGGCCAGCGGCGGCUCGCGCGAGCAGACGCUGCCCAACAAGAACAACCCCAACCCGGACCUGAGCGACGCCGACGGCGACCGGCAGCGGCUGGACCUCAGCGACGCCAGCCCGCUGACCAGUCCGCAGAGGCCCGAGGACCACAGCGACAACGACGACGACGACGACGAGGAGAUCAACGUCACGUGAUCCGCUCGGCCCCCCUGCUCCUCGGCCCGCCUCCUGUAAAUAGCAGCCUCCUCGCGCGAUCUACUCCCCUCGCGUCGCGUCGUUCAAUAGUAUACGAAUGAUCUGUGAUAAUCGAGCAGUGUGCACAGCUCUCUCCGCUUAUUGCCGCGCUCGUCUGCGAUCCGCCAUCUGCAACGUCACUGGGAAACUUCGCACGCGCGGACAAGCGCUGCCCGGCCGGUCUCUUGCCCACUUUCCCCCGGUCGCGCGCGAUCACUGUACAGUCUUGUAAAAUUGUUCUAGUUCUGACUGUCUACCUUCGCCUCGUCCGGCGAGCCGCUGCGAACGCGCAGUCGCUCCACUCGGCAGGCGCUAAUCUAAUAUUGUAAGUCAAUUUUUUCAACCAAAGUAUCGAUAUGCCGAUGUAACCAUCAGCCUGUAAUAUAUUGUAAUUAUAUCGAAAUUGAUGUGUUGUCGAAAAAUUUCAUUUUCGCGAAAUUUUUCCGGUGUUAUAUUAUUGUACCUUGUUAAUUCGCGACUCUUCUACGAGGCGGUGCGUUCCAGUCGAACACCCCUGCGGUAUCGCCCCAGAGGAAAGACCACUUUUCAGCCAUGUAAUUAGCCAUGUAACUAUACGUAUAUAUAAAUAUAUUAACGUGAUAUAUCUCAU